AUAGCUUCCGUUUUACUCUGGUAGUGAUUGGACUGUCCUGUACUUGAGUGAGCUAACAUACUGGUUGAACAAGUCCGACAUUCUUCACUUCAAUGGAGGAACAGCCCAAAGACCGGGCACAAGACAGGCAAUACCAUCACCACGGAGACGACAGGCACUCUUUUCAGCAGCCAACUUGUCUAAAAAAUGAUCAGAGCCACUUCCAGUGCCAGCAUCAGGAAACGCAGACGAAGAAAACAGGCAAUAAAAAAGUAAGCAUCAGUGACGAGGAGGGAGAGAAGAAUCCACAUCUGUCUAAUGCUGUUGGCAUGUCACAUCCACCUAGCUUCAAUGCUAACAGACACACAAUUAAUACAAAUGCAAAGCCCAAAUCGACGCAAAAGCUGUGCACGACUGUUCCAAAAAUAAGCAUCAAAGGAAUGGACCAUAAGAAGAAUAUGGACUUUAAAAAUGACAAGGAGAAGGUGCAGGAUUUGAGUCAUCAUGAGGGCCCGCCUUUGGAUAAGAAGGACUCCAUAUUACUUCAAAAUGGUAUCGUAAACUGUGGCUUAAUUACAAAUGGCUAUUCUAGCAAGGACAAUGACGGUAGUAGUUCGGAAGGUGGAUAUACUACUCCGAAGAAACGCAAGACCAGAUGUAACAAUACAAAGAACACUGAUAAUGUGAUAAGAGAAAAGGAGAGAGACAUGCAGCAGGGCCACACUACAGAGGAGCUGGGGGCUUUGAAUCUAGAGACAAAUGAGAAAGGAAUGACCUCGAGACUCGAUGGAUUUAGAGCCACCCAGAAAGUAGAAACUCAGUCGACAGCCAAACGGGCUGUUGUAUCAGAGGCUUCAGUGGGUGAAUCUCAGAGGAAAAACUCUGAUGGAAAAACAGUUGGCACCUUGGGUAAAAAAACUGAGGAAAGACACAAAGGCAAGCUUUCUUCACCUUCAAAAGAGGACUCAUGGACUUUGUUCAAGCCUCCGCCAGUAUUUCCUGUGGACAAUAGCAGUGCUAAAAUUGUUCCCAAGAUCAGUUAUGCAAGUAAAGUAAAAGAGAACCUCAACAAAGUAGCUCAAGGUGGAGGAGAGGCACUGCCUCCUCCUGUCAGACUGUCACAGGUCCCUAUGUCUGCUAUGAAAACGAUCACCUCAGCUAGUUUUACUAAUGGUCCUGUUUCUGGAAAUGGAAACGGUUGCCCGUCAGUGGGUACCUUCUUAGCUCCUGCUGCUAGUAGUAUUCCAUCAGCCCAGUCUAUCCUAAGUGGCGACAAUGUAGCAUCCCCUUUGGAAAGUAACUGUAGCUCCACAACUAGUCCUGUAGAUGGAGAGGCAUAUGAGCUUAGAAAGUGUACUCUUUUAAUUUACCCUUUAAAUAUGCAACCUGUACUCCCUAGCGCUCGUCACCUUGACCCACCAGCGGCUCAGACAAAUCAGAAAGCCCUGGGAGAUAUCUUCCAGAAUCAGUGGGGGCUUUCCUUCAUUAAUGAGCCCAACUUGGGCCCAGAAGGCGGAAAUGGGCUGGUGCCCGGAGAGGACAAAACUACUGUGGUCACAUCUAAUAGCGAGUGUCAAGCUGUUGCAGCCAAGGUUGCCCAGCCUUGCUUUGACAUUAGCCCAUCAUUGUUAGAGCCUGGGCCUUUGGUUCAAGACCCUGAGAAAAGGACUUGUACCCCUUGCAUUGUGUCCAAUGCUUGUCCUCCUGCUUAUGGGAUGAGUGAGGAGGAAAACAAGCUGCAGCCAUGUGGCAAGGAAAAGACACAAGGUGCAGGAACUGCUGUGUUGGCCCCCAGUAAAGACAACGGUGCUAAGUCUGCGCAGGGUCAGCUAACCACUUUAUUAUUUGGCUCAUCUAAAGAACAGGUUCUCUCUAAAGACAUUAGCACGAGGUGUAGCUGGGGGUCCUUUGACGUUAAAGCUGCUGUCACUUAUCACACUAAAGAAAUGGAAUCCGUUUUCAACUUGCAAAAACAAGAUCCAAAAAGGGUAGUAAUUUACGGCGAGACCAAGGAUGGACCUGAUCAGUGAGGUAGAUGGCCUACAGUACUUACCUUCUUCUCUUCUGGGUGCUGCAGUUAUCUACCUUGGAAAUCACAAAUCCUGUUGGAUAGAAGUGACAACUGUGAAAACAUUUGAUAGUUUAGCAUGACAGAUUUUCCAUGGAAUCUCGGGUGGAAUAACGGACUUCUCUGGGGGCAUCAAAAUGAACACACAAGCUCUGGAUGGACGUUAAAAAGGAGCUGAUUGGUGCCUCUCCAACAUGACGAAUGGACACUUUGGGCUGCGAUCUUUGUUUGUCUCAUGGCUCUUUAGGGAUAAUGUUUGGGAGUUCAUCAAAAGGAAGGUGUUUUGGACUGCACCUCCCUAAGCCUUUAUCCUGUUGACCUGUGGCAGCAGUCAGUCUGACUACAGCAUGCCUCGGUCAUGUUUUCUUUUACACAUUCACGAGUUUCAUUGUAGAUAUGUUAGACGUUAUACAUGCACAUCUGUGUGCAAGCUUGAAUUCAUCAUGAAUGAAAGGAGAAAACACUCUGCAAAGCAUUCUUUGGGGGGGAGGUUUGUGGGGUCCCACUUAACUCUAAGUUAAAUGGGAGCUUAUAGGUGAGGCCCCAUCCAGGAAGGGAGUUUUGUCUUAAAUCAGUAAGGGAAAAUUUAAUUGCCCACGUUUUCUUUUUGUGUCGUUUCGUCUUACCUAACAUGAGUGUUAUCUGCACUACAGUAUGACCCCAGAGCACAGGUACAAAAGUGCCCAGUUUGAAGGAAAGCCACCCCCUUUGUUUCACUGUUUAUUAGGUGUGCUAAAGAGUCAAAAAUAAGGUCUCCGUUAAAUUCAUCCUGAAGUUUUUCAUACAUUUCAGAUUAUUAGUAGGUUGUCACCGGCUGUUCUUAAACUGAGGUUCAUUAUACGUUCUAUUAAAUGAACUCUGAGUUGGGGAAUAAGCUUGGUGACAAACUGUUGGUAAAAUAAAAGGAGGAGAAAAAAAGAGACAUUGCUUCCACAAAAGUCUUCUGCAUUUUGUGCUUUUUGUUCAGCAGUAAGGCUCAGGAUGUCAAUACAGAUUAUUUUGCCUGUAUUUGUGUUCAGUUCCUCUUGUUCUACAUUUUUACAAUGUACUUUUUUGUUUUGUUUCUUCUUUUGACUCAGAAUUUGGUCUUUACUUUUCUGCCUUGUACGGCAUCGUUUUUCUUGCAUGUUUACUGGUGGAAACGCACGAGUUGGAGGUCACUGUUCAUCGGCAUACAAAGAUAACAGUAACAGAACAAUUGCAAUACUAAUCUUAGUUCCCUAAGUAGACACUUUUUCAAACUGUUCAAAUGUGAAGAUUAGUUUAAUACUAUUAUGUUUUACUGUGGAUAACCUAUUACGUUUGCAAACCAGUGUGCAAUAACACCGUGUGAUCCAUACAUGCGUGUUGGGAGGGGAGGGGUUGCGAGGGUUAUGUAGAGCUACAAUGUCAUCAGCCAAGAUGCUAGCGUGGCCUGCAGUUCAGUUCAGAAUGUUUAAGGGUGUUCAGUUUGUUGCACGACUUCUAAAUUCGAUGGUGGGAUAUAUGUAUAUUUUUUAAAAUUAUUCUAAAGGCUCCUGUUGUAAGAUCUAAGUCUAGGCAGCCCAAAUCCGCUAGCUGACCAGCUGUGAUGUCAAUUUUUUAUUUUUUUUAUUUUUUUCCUUCACCAUCAGCAAAUCAAAAUCGGUUUACUCAACAAAGCAACUGUCCAGGUUUUUCUCUAGAAGCUCUGAUUUGGCUAAUGUGUGGAUUAUUAGCACUUUAUGUAAACUAAUUGCUUUUAUCUUAUGAUUAAUAGACGAAAUCUGUGUGUACUGACGAGAAAUCCUCCUUGAAAGAAUGGCUCUGGGCUGUUACUUUUCAGAAAAAAAGCCGCUAAAUAUACAGAAUUAUUAAAUGUAACUCAGGUAGUGUUGAUAAAGCCAUGACUGUGUUUAAUAUUGUUUCUUGCCAAACGGCCCCCGUCACGUAAACGUUCUCAUUGGAAAGGUUGACUUUAAGUCUGAUUUAUAUAAAGUAUCGUAUGUUGUGACAACACACCAAAAAGUUAAUACUUUGAGAAAAAAAUUGUCAUGGCGUGGGAGGUGCUGUCAUUAAUCGUUUUGGGCUCUAAAAUUGUUGUUUCUUUUCUUUUUAAGCACAGUGCUGCACAGGCUCUUUUCCAUGUAUCCUGGACUGUAACCUUGUAAUCUCUGCCGGUUCAAUUUCUCCCUUAUGUGUUCAUAGUGAAGCACCUCUUUGAUUUAUUAAUGCUGAACAUCAGCGGUGUUUCUACGGGGGUACACAUGAGCUUUCGAGUACACUUCUUUCCACUGUGUCCUGAUUAGGCGGCGGCGCAGCUCGUGCUCGUGCACAGAGAGGGGAAGUCAUAACUGCAGCCAUGUUUUUGUACAAGUUGUCUUGACAUUUAACUUCCACGUCUAUUCGCAGUCGGCUCUCUGGUAUUUAAAAAGCUUUGUUUUGGCUUUCAUUGUACGCCAUUUGAUGGAUGAGUGUAUCAGCAGACGCUGCCCUCUGAACGAGAACGCUCGUGUCAGACGUGGUCAAUGAGGAAGCAGGGGUAAUUGAGGAGGUAUAAGCGCUUAUUUUUAUGUUGUUCUGUGCUUGUGGAAAAUUGACACUUAAUCUGGCAUCAAUUUACAAGAAACACCGCAGUUUAAUUUCUUGCAAUGGCCCAUAAUCUAUUUGCGGGGGGCGGGGGACACAAUCAGGUUACCAUAUGGUUAAUGUUCAGGCUGAAAGGAUUAUCAGUGCACAGCUUUAGGCUUCUAAAUGUAAAGCAGGGUGAUCAGAAUAACGAGUACGUGAUCUUACUGUAGUAUUAUGAUGAAAACACUAUUUUCUCAUGUGUGGGGUUGUUUUUUUGUUUCUUUGGGGGGGGGGGUUUGUUUUGUUUUUUGUUUUUUUUUUUAAUGCUAGAGUGGUCCUGGUAGAGGGAAAUCAGAGAUUCUCCUUUGCUCCCACCCUGAUGCCCCUCUUUUUCAAGCACUUAAUACAGCAACAAGGCUAUAUUGAAUAUGCAUAUAUUGAGAGGGAAAUAAUUAUUCAGCAUUGUAGCCUGCAAACCAAAAACAGGUUCUUGAAGCAGAGUAGGUGGUUAAUCAGUGGUUUGUCUUUUGGGUGGUGGUGGGAGUGACUGUUGGUGUGGUGAGAAAGAAAAGCCUGAUCAUGUGGAGUUUAUAUUUCCACCCCCUCAGGAUGUGCAAUCACCUCAAGGAUGCUUCCAGGUUGUGAGUGGCAAGUUUGUUUGUUUGGUGCGCGCAUAGCGAGUUCUUCCUAUUAUAUGCAAGUUCCUCGUAUAUUUCAAAAAAGUCCCUCGUUUCAUGUUCAGGUGCCUGUGUUAUAAAGAAAAACUUUUACAGCAAUUUUGAUUGUUUCAAAUCUGCUUCCAGCGUAUAUCUGUGCCAUUUUCUUUAUUUCUUUUGUUUUGUUGUUUGUUUUGUUUUUUGGAACAUUUGCAACGCUGUUCAAGUAUUCUUUUGGCUGUUCCUAAUUGUUCUUCUUUUAAACGAUGUGGAUGCCACUGAAGGCGAGGAGCAUUUCAGGCGUCCUGUAGGUUGUGUUCACAGGUGCGACCUAAAGCCAAAUCACACGGGCACGGGAGACAGAUCUCUGCUCGUUGGUGUAUACUCCAGUCCGUUGUCGAGUUAAUGUCUGAACGUAGCACAUAAUUAAUUUGAAAUUAUUUAACAAGUUUAAUCUUUUAAUGUUUAAAAAAAAAAAAAAGUUUUAUUUUUGAGUUAUAAUUUAUCCAUAGAUGCACAAAUAGGAUGUGACUAAAAGAAAUAAUUAAGAAAAUCGCAAUGUCUCAUUUUUGAUGAGCGCUAGAUGUUUAGUUAGUAAGGCUGAUAUAGACCUACUACUUUUUUCUUUUUCUUUUUUUUUUUUAUUUUUUUAAAUCCCUAUGUCAAGAUAUUUGCUCUCAAUGGGGUUUGUUUGUUUGUUUUUCUCUCAUCCAAUUUUAUACAAAUUUCCUUAAUUCUUCAGAUAGUUCUGAUGGAGUGAUGAGCAUUGAAAACACUGCAUCCAGAGUUCCUCUUGAUUAUAUUUUUAUUUGUCGUGUUGUUGAUCAUGUUGUGAGGUGGGGGGGGGCGAGGUGUUUAUUUUAUUUUUUUAAUUUUUAUUUUUUUCUUUUAAAGUGCAGUUCAACAGCUCUGAAUCUGCUUUCGCCAAAGGUACACUACUCAGAUAUUCAGCUACUGAAUGACAAAUGCACAGACAGACAGACAGAGGGCGGUUGAUGGAGAUGAGAAGUCACUACUGUAGCAGCUGAAUGUCACUUUGAGCGCGUUGACUUACGGUGUGUGUGGGAGGGGUGGGGGAUUCUUAAAACAAAUACCGGAAGUGCUGCUUCAUCAUCCAGCAAUCAGUCAUCUGUAACGGGAAAUGCUGGACUUGGUGUUUGUGCUUGACUUAAAAACUGUCCCUCCUUUAAACUGUCAUUGCCUCUUGGAAGUGUUUUAAAUUUACAUAGGGCUUUUUGUUUUGUUUAAUUUAAUUUUUUAUUUCAGUGACACCUGAGAGGUAGUUACAAUGGGAGUAAACAAGGGUGACACAUGUCCUUUUAAAGGAUUCAGUCAUAAGAGAUGAUAUGUGCCGAAUCGUCCUCCUUUUCUUUGUCAUCUCAAAUGGCUGCUGUUUGUGUUCAUGCAUUAUUUUUUUUCUGCUCCUCCUCUCAUCGAUUCUCCAUCUCUUGCCCUUCUUAAAACACGAGGCAAUGGCAUUUCUUUCUCAUGUCUUACAGGUUGGCAUUUAAGUUUUUAAGUGAGCAGUCUGAUUAUUUAAUUUUCUUUUGAUUUGUUUUUGAAUUUAACAGAAGUGUCACAUUAAAAUGUUCUUUUUAUUUUCAAAGCAUGAUAAUAACCCUCAAAUUCCAAACAAUGUAAUAGUCAAUUUACAAAAAAAAAAAGAGAGAGAGAGAAAACUCCAGUGUUCACAAUUUUAGUUUCCAUUAAAAUGUCAAAUUUUCAUGAAA